GCUUGCGAUGGCUUCGCCCGAGCCCAGGCUUGGAGACCUCAUCGAGAUUUUCCGCCCUUUCUACAGACACUGGGCUGUCUACGUUGGUGGCGGAUAUGUGGUACACGUGGUACCCUCAAGCGGAAUCUCGGGAGCUGGUGGGUCCAGUAUCGUGUCUUCAGCACUCGACAGGGCCAUAGUAAAGAAAGAGCAGCUGUGUGACGUGGUUGGGAAAGAUCGAUACAAGGUCAACAACAAGCACGAUGAUGAGUACAACCCAUUCCCUCCCAGCAACAUCGUCCAGCAGGCAGAAGAGUUGGUGGGCCGGGAGUUGUGGUACAGUCUGAUCUGCAAGAACUGCGAGCAUUUCGUCAAUGAGCUGCGCUACGGGGUCUCCCGCAGCGACCAGGUAGGCCACAUCCCCCAGAAGUUGCCUUAA